AUGUCGUGCUUGCAUCGCAAUCCAAGGCGCAUUAUCUUGGGCGUUUUGGGACGGAAACUUAACUGCCUCAAAACCGUGACAUGUCUUGACGGUGGACGACUAUAUUCUACCGCCGCGCAUUUCUACCAAAAUCGGCAACUGGAGUUGUAUGCUGCAAGGAAGACGCAGAGACUAAGUCUCAGACAGUUGGUUUUCUAUGGACGGUCGAUGAACGAGGAACGGCUCAUCAAGAGCGCCAAUUAUGUCAGAACAGAGCUUCCCGUUCGGAUAGCACACAGAAUAAGGGAUCUGCAAGCUUUGCCGUAUGUUGUAGUGAUGCAGGAAGGAGUGGCCAAAGUCUAUGAACUUUACUGGUCUGCUUUCGAAAAGUUUCGUCAGUUUCCAAAAAUCGACACCUUGGAAGACAAUGAAGUUUUCUGUUCGUUUCUGCGGGAACUUCUGAAUGAACACGCUUCGGUGAUCCCAAACCUUUCCCUCGGCCUCUCGCUCUCCUCCCCAUACCUUCCACCAGACCAACUCGAUGCCGUCAUGCGACGCAUGCUUGUCUCACGAAUCUCAAGACGUGUGUUGGCAGAACACCACAUCGCUCUAUCUGAUGCAUAUGCUGGACGAGACAAAACUCCCGCUGGAGAUAGACAUGUUGGGAUCAUCUUCACUGGUCUCAGCGUGGAAAGAAGCGUUCGCAAAUGUGCACGGCUGCUGAGAGAAUUGCCGCAUGACUUCAACGGGUUGUCUUGCGGAGACAUGGAGUGGCCAGAAGUUAUCAUCGAUGGUCAUCUGGACGCUAAAUUCUCCUACAUUCGCGAACAUCUGGAGUAUAUCACAUUCGAGUUAUUAAAAAACUCGAUGCAGGCGACGGUCGCGAGUCAUAGCAGGGCAUCUUCGCUUCCUCCAAUACGUGUCACGAUCGUUGCCGGUGCAGACAACAUCGGCAUGCGAAUAUCUGACCAAGGUGGUGGUCUAAUGAAUGAUCAAAUCAAAUCGCCAUCCGAUCUGUUCUCCUUCUCUCAUACCAGAAAUGCGGCACGAAUGGAAAUCUCACGCUUGGGAGGUCUCCGGACUAUCGGUGCAAGUCCGGGUGGGAUGAGGGCCACCGUAGACGAGCAGGUCAUUCGAUGGCAACAAGAGGUGCAGCAACGAGCACAGAAAGGGCCUGAAAUUUCACUUGGAGGUGAUCCAGAAAUGGAAGCUGGUGUCGGUCACCAUCCACGACUGGGAAUCGGUCUUCCAAUGUGCAACAUCUUUGCAACAUACUUUGGAGGCUCCUUAGAGCCAGUGUCUUUGGACGGAUGGGGAACGGAUGUAUACCUGCGGUUGCCAAAAUUGGGGACCAAUUUGGAAGGCAUUGAAGUUUGA